AGCAGGGACUUCGGAGUGACUUGUGGCCUCGCAGGGAGCCCUGUGAUCUGGCUGCUCUGAUCUCUCCCUGCAAUGGUGCCUUUGCUUCGGCUAUGCGCGCUCUGGGGCUGCUUGUUGACAGCGGUCCAUCUAGGACAGUGUCUUACAUGCAGUGACUUACAGUACCUUCACAAUGGCCAGUGCUGUGAUUUGUGCCAGCCAGGAAAGAGACUGACAAGCCACUGCACAGCUCUUGAGAAGACACAAUGCCAACCAUGUGACUCAGGGGAAUUCUUAGCCCACUGGAACAGUGAGAUCCGCUGUCACCAGCAUAGACACUGUGAACUCAAUCAAGGGCUUCAGGUUAAGAAGGAGGGUACGGCAGAAUCAGACACUGUCUGUACCUGUAAAGAAGGUCACCACUGCAUCAGCAAGGACUGUGAAACAUGUGCUCAGCACACGCCCUGUGGCCCUGGCUUUGGAGUUGUGGAGAUGGCCACUGAGACUACUGAUACCGUCUGUCGUCCCUGUCCAGCCGGCUUCUUCUCCAAUGUGUCAUCACUUUCCGAAAAGUGUCAUCCUUGGACAAGCUGUAAGGAUAAGAACCUGGUGGUCCUACAGGAAGGAACACGUGAGAAUGACAUCGUCUGUGGUUUCCAGUUCCGGAUGCGAGCCCUGCUGGUCAUUCCCGUUGUGCUGGUCGUCCUCACCACCAUUUUAGUGGUGUUUCUCUAUAUCAAAAAGGUGGUCAAGAAACCAAAGGAUAAUAAGGCCUUACCCCCUGAGGCUCGACGGCAAGAUCCUGUGGAGAUAGAAGAUUAUCCCGGUCACAACACUGCUGCUCCAGUGCAGGAGACGCUGCAUGGGUGUCAGCCUGUUGCACAGGAGGAUGGUAAAGAGAGUCGCAUCUCUGUGCAGGAGCGGCAGGUGACAGGCAGCAUAGCCUUGAGGCCCCUGGUCUGAGUCCUGGAACUGCUUUGGAGACAACAGGUCAACGACAGGUCGGGAGCAGGGGCCUGGCUCUGCCAACUGUGUAUAUUUGAAGCCAAGACAGACCUCAGUGCAGCUAACUCUCAUGUCUACUCCCCUGUCAUCACUCGACUUACUUUUUUAAGACAGAGGAAAAGCUUGGGCGUCAGGGGUCCGCAGUACUAUCUACAGAGUGCAGCAAUGCAGGACCCAGAGAUGUCUUGCUGGGACUUUUGCUGUCGUCAUGGACACAGGAGUCCAUGGCUUGUAGCUUGUGCUGCCAGAAAGCACCUGAUUGCCACCAGCAGGGGACUGGCUAAAUAAAUCUGUAAUUAUUUAUACAACGGGGGUCUCAGAAAUACUAGCAGGUGGGGCAGAAAACAGGUGGAAUGAUGGGUAGAGAAAAGGCUUUUAAAAACACAUUCCAAAGCAGGUAAGAUGGCUUUGUGGGUAAAGGAGCUUGCCGCCCAAACCUGAUUACCUGAUUUUGAUCUCUGGGACUACCGGUAAAAGGAGACAACCAAAUCUAGAAGGUUGUGAUGCAUACAUUUGACCUCCAUGUGUGCUUGGUGACAUAUGUACCCAGGUGUGUACAUGUGGGCAUGUGUGUGCACAUAUCCCAAGAUGGAUGUGGUGGUGUAUUGUAGAAUCCCGACCUGGGGGUUCUACCGAGGUGUUAACAUUUAGUUCCUGAAUAAAAGACACACUCAACCUUUAUAUUUACAAUAAACCUUAAACAGCACGA